AUGGUGUUCUUGCAUGUGUCUGCUGUCCUUGCUCUCGGCGCUUUCGUCGCUGCCCAAGAGUCGAGCACUGACUACCAGAACCCGAAGCUGGCCAAGGUGUUGCUGUACACCUACACCGAUGGGUUCCGACACGACUCGAUCCCAACGGCCAUCCAGCAACUGCAAGUAUGGGCCCCAUACUACAAUAUCUCGUUCGACGCAACCGAGGACCAGACCAAGUUUCGUACAGACAACUUGGCCCAGUAUGAUGCCCUCUUGUUUGUCCAUUCGUCUGGCAACAUAUUCGAUACGCAGGGUCAGACUGCGUUUGCAGACUAUUUAGCCAAGGGCGGCAAUUAUGCGGCCAUUCAUGCUGCCUCGGCCGCAUAUCUUGAAAAACCAUGGGCACCAUGGACGCAAUCUCUCGGAGCGACAUUUGAUCACCAUCCUGCUCGCCAAACCGCUACGUUUGUCAAGGAGACCACUGGUCAUCCUGCUACAAACCCGACACCCGACAGGUGGACGUUUGACGAAGAGGUCUACAGCUUCACCACUGAUCCUCGCAAGCUGGGUGCCAAACUGCUGUUUUCAGUCGACGAAUCCACGUACAAAGAAAACAAUGUCGUAGCAGCCCAAGGAAAACCUCACCCAAUCGCGUGGUACCAAGACUACGCUGCCGGCGCCGUCAUCAAAACCGGUGGUCCCGGCCCAGGCGUCCCCGGUCGCUCGUUCUACUCUUCCCUGGGACACAACAACUCUACGUGGAUGGACAGCACAUUUAUGAAGCACGUCAUGGGCGGUCUAACCUGGACUCUUGCGUCCAACACGACCCGCGUCGCUUCCGGCCUGUACGGUGGUGCGGAGCCCACGGUCCAUACUGGCGCGUCGAGCAAUGUGACUUCGGCCGCUGUUGCCGCGUGGGCUCCUGUUUUGGGAUCGGACCAGACGGCGCCCCCGCCUCCUCCGCCCAAGACGACUCCGACCUCGAGCGCAGGGCCCGAGUCUACUAGCGGAGCCAAUACGUCGUCGUCGUCUUCUGCUGGUGUACGACCGGGUAUGCAGUUGGGUGCAUGGGGCGUUGUAGCUGGUGCAUUGGGGGCUGUUUUCGCUCUUUCGCUCUAG